AUGCUUCGACGCUCAGCGAGCCGGAAAUCGUGGAGAGAGUUGGCUGAGCUGCAGGCUACUGUCUCGAGCCUCGAGAUGAACAACGCUUGCGGCUAUAUACACUAUGAGAUAUGGUUCAAUCACUGGGUCAGUGACGCACUCUCGUUCGUUCUACUAUUUCGGAUUCGGCUACUCAUUGAUGAUCAAAUAGACGCGUCAAUCGUCACAUAUCCCCGAGUAUAUGCCGGGGAUCACAUCGGGUGUUACCCUUCAACUAAGUCGGUGUGCGCAGUCACUCUUAGGAAAAAGGAGGAUAAAGUGGAUUAUGUACGUUUUCGUGCACAUAGGUUUAAGUUUGAACUGCGAAUGAAAUCGCCUCCAGUGAGCAAUAUAGAAACUGGUAUCCGCGACCUCCGGAGUACAAAGCAGGUACAUGAACGCCAUUGGCAGACGGAUUGUCUUUUGGGUUUGGUCAAGUGUCUCGUCAAGGCACGCCCGGAGCUUCGUGUGGUAUUGAUGUCAGCAACAAUUAACUUUAAGCUGUUCUCUUCCUUUUUCAAUAAUUGCCCCAUAAUCGAGGUCCCCGGUCGAUUGUUUCCUAUCGAGCUUCAGUACUUUCCGCUCACUCCAAAUGAGAUGGCCAGGGUUGGUGACCGUCUGGAUCCCGCUCCUUACUUGCGGCUUCUUCAACAUAUCGAUGCUCGAUACCCUGUGAGCGAAAAGGGUGAUUUGUUGAUUUUUCUACCUGGCAUGUCCGAUAUUCAGGCUGUCAUGGAACCGGCGAAGGCAUACGCUGAACAAACAAAGCAAUGGAUAAUCCUAGCUCUUCAUAGCGCACUCUCCGCACAGGAUCAGGAAAAGGUGUUCCAUGUUGCCCCUGAUGGUGUUCGCAAAUGCAUUUUGUCAACGAACAUUGCCGAAACCUCACUAACUAUCGAUGGGAUAAGAUUUGUUGCUGAUUCUGGAAGAGUGAAAGAACUUAGUUGGGACGCUUCAGCUCGGAUGCGUUGUCUAAAGGAAUUCCCAAUUUCCAAGGCUAGCGCUGACCAACGCAAAGGUCGCGCUGGCCGUACUGGACCUGGAGUGUGUUUCCGCUUCUUUAGUGCUCAGGAUUACGACGCACUUCAGGUAACGAUGAUGGAUAGCGGCGAUUCAACUGACAUUAGCAUCACUACAAAUGAGGACCAGAACGCAGAAUCGCUUCGUUGCGUCGAGCUGCAACGUAUAUUGGGCAAGGGUUUGACAACGUUUCUAGUUGAGGCUUCUGCUUGCCCUUACACAAUACGUCGCUUGUUGGCUGCGGAUGUCAAGCAACUUUUUCGACGGUCGCCAGAAACCGCUCAGGGUCAAUCACUGGAGCAUCGGGUUAGCUCUCUUCCACCACUAACCUCAUUGCCACCCGAUCCGGAAGGCAGAGUUGCUUCAGAUUCCCGAAAAGGAGGCUACAAGGUCACCGACUAUCUCACUAUCAAUUCAUUGCAUCCGAAUUCCGGCGGCCCGGGAGCGCACCGUAUCAGUGGAGAAGAUGAAGAAGCGCAUGAUAUGCUGAGCAGUCUCAACUUUGCACGGAUAUUGCUGGAUCAACAUUUAAACGCUUGCGUCACGUUGAACAAAAACUUUGAUGUAAAGACAUUAGAGUCUGAUGACAAUUCAAAUCACAACCACAUUACGUGUGAAGACUGCGGGGAGGUGUUAUCGUGGAGUGGUUCAUCCUCCAAGACUGUGCUGCUUCGUCAUCGGAAAUAUUGUGUACCUACAAAAUAA